CAUUUGAAUAUUGUGCAUGUAAAAUGUACGGUUACCUUGAUCCGGAGUAUUUCCUGACACAGAAAUUGACAGACAAGAGUGAUGUAUAUAACCUUGGUGUUGUGUUUUUAGAGCUUUUGACAGGGAUGCAACCAAUUUCACGUGGCAAAAACCUUGUUUGAGAGGUUAACAAUGCAUAUCAAUCUGGUAUAAUAUUCUCGAUUAUUGAUGGAAGAAUGGGUUCAUAUCCUUCUAAAUGUAUGGAGAAGUUUGUGAAUUUGGCCAUGAAAUGUUGCCAAGAUGAGACAGAUUCAAGACCUUCAAUGGCAGAGGUGGUCCGAACUCUAGAAACUAUAGAGCUAAUGAUGCCGGAGUACUCUGACCCCUUGGUAGCAGAAUCCAUGGAAGGUAACCUAGAAAAGGCAUCUAUUACUCCACCUUCGUCAUCCUCUGUGGUGAAGAAUCCGUACACAUCCUCAGAUGUUUCUUGCAGUGACCUUGUUAGUGGAGUGAUUUCCACCAUCACGCCUAGAUAAUAAGAUGACCACACAACACAUCCUGCACUUACUCUGAUGAGUCUCUGACUGUUGUUAUAUACUUGUAUUGGUUUUCUCAUUUCUAUUACUUUAUAGUCAGUCUUUUACACCAACAAGCUAAAUCAUUUAUCAUUUGUGUAAAAUGCAAAAAUGCUUUUGUAUUGGAUUUGCAUUUCCUUUUGAGAUAACUGAUGAGCUACAUACGGUUUAGAUGUAGAUAGAAUAAAUGGUAUUCACCUCG